AUGUCGCUAGGAUAUUUUUUUGUGCGGGGUGGUGUGGGUGUGGGGCAUAGCGUUGAUGAGAUUUGUGGGGAGGAAAGGCACAACGCGUGUGGGGUCCUUCGGAAUCGGGUCCAGAGAUGCACCCGGGAAGGUGCCUCCACAGCCGGACUCCAGGAAGAACCCUGGGAAGAAGGAUCAGUGAAGGAUGUCUCGGUGAGACAACAUAUCGGAGGUUUCCGUCCUCUCCGGAAAAAUGGAAAAAUUGAAGACCCGGCCGCGCCUGGUCAUCUCCCCCAGCUUUUUGACUUUAUGCUCCGGUACCUUGGGGUCAUCGAUCCGGAUCCCUCUUCGACUGUGCUGGCCUCUUAUUGGUACUCCAUAAUGACCGUGGCGAUGGUUUCUGAUGAGAUUGGGUAA